CCUAAAUAGAGGUCAAUUCAGCGGCAGCCCAUCUUGGCAUCUUCCCCUUUGUCUCUUCCUUUCCUAAUUUCCAAUCCAACCGCUGUCAUGUCAACCGGCGAGGCCGCCGCCGGGAAGACUAUCAGCUUGAAAUGCUCUGGUGGAGAAUUGCUCGAAGUGGAGGUCUCCGUUGUCCAGCAGUUUCGCUUCUGCGACUUAUUCGUUAACAAUGGCGUCGACGGCUCUCAGGAGCUUCUUGACGAGGUCCGUGAAAUCCCGCUCAAAUUCUCUAAGCAGCAUGUUGAGGCGAUCAUUGAAUUUUGUAGGAAGGAGGCGGAGUUUGGCGAGAGAGCGGCUGAGAGAAGGGAGAUAAAUGCGUUCCGCUGGAACUUCUGGCGGGGGCACGAGAUGCAAGAAUUUAGGGAUCUGAUCAGGGCGGCGCAUUUUCUGGAGAUCCCUGUUAUGUUCACCUCCUUGAGUAUGAUCAUUGCCUAUGGCAUCAGAAACAAGAGCGCCGAGUACGUCACUACCUUAUUGGGGAUCGACCAGACUGAUACCACCAAAAUCAUUCUUGAACAUGAGAUCGCCAUGAGCAUUCUUCAGUGGAUGCCCGGCUCUUCCCUAGCCUCAUUGAGCAGGGUCUCGAAACAGGUGAGCUCCUGUAUUUGUGACCUUAAUUUCGUAAAAUCCCAUACGAAAAACAUGAAAGAAAUAGGGUUCCACAGAGGUUUAUUCCGUAAGUCAAGUCUCUUCCUCACCAGUUUCACCAACCGAGACUCGCAUUCUUGCCUCUCGGUGUACUCUAUGCUCUUCGAAAAUUGCCAAGUUGAUAUUCACCCGCUGGAAGCCGUCGACUUAAAUGACUGCCGUGACUACUGUGUUUUGGGUUCGGUCAAUGGGCUACUGUGUGCUGUCUUACGUGGUCAAGUGCAUAUCUGGAACGCAUCUCUGGGUGAUGUUUUCUCAAUUUUCUACAAUUACAUUGGUUCGCAGGGCUUUAGCCAAUUUGGCUUUGGUUUCGAUCAUGUGAGUGACGAUUACAAGGUGCUCGAAAUCUCAGUGUUCUUAUCUACGGGUUAUAUUGGAGCUAGGGUGUUUGAUAUGAAGGGCAACAGAUGGAGGAAUGUCGGUGCAUUUGGACACGGUGUACCAGUAAGACAUGAGAAUGCAGCAUUCGCUGAGGGGUGUCUUUACUUCCGAAUCAAUUCCGAAGAAUUGAUAGUCUCAUUCGACCUUUCUACAGAGAAAUUCAACACCGUGGAUCUUCCUACUGCAUUUAAUGAGAAUGGGAGCUAUUGGACAUUAAAGACAUUAGGUGGGAGACUAAAUCUCAUUUCUUACCCUACUGGCUCUGCUUACUGUGUGGGCUGGUGUAUGCAAUCGAGUGAAUGGGUUAAGAAAUUCAAACUCUCUAUGAAUGUGCCCAAUUUCCUAACUGCGACUGCCAGUGAUCUGCCACGACCACUAUACAUUUUUCAUGACAGGGUUCUUUGGCAAAUGAAACAUAAUUUUGUCACUUGCGACAUUAAGGACAAAUGGUUUAGCUUUCCUACUCCCCACAAUUCGGUGCUUAAUGAUGGACCUGCCAUAGAAUACUUGGAUACCCUGGUUGUGCUGCCUACUUUGGGGGAGGCUGUGCUGCCUAGUUUGGGGGAAGUAAGAGAGAACCCAUCACCCUCUGAUCACCCGCAGAAAGAUAAGAAGAUGAGAUUGCUGAAUGUCAUAGAAUUGUGGGAUCAAUGCUUAAAGAAAGGCUGGCCUGCACCAUGUUACCAGGUCGUAUCCGUAGAAGGUUUCUUCAAGGCUCGCGUGUUUGUGAAAGACAUGGUGACAGAAUCGUCAGACCAGGAAUAUGUCAAUCCAAGUGAUGCGAAGGAAUCCGCUGCAGAAAUGAUGUUGGAGGUUAUACACGAAACAAGCAAGCAUUGAGGACAGGAUUUCAACAUGCUGUUUCUGGGUAGACACUUCCCCUGUCCAGGGAUUGAGCACGAUCUCCUUGAUAUUCCAGGAGGGUGGAGGAGAAGGUAUAUAGAGGAUUUUUGGCAUGUAGAGGAAGGCUAGUAGUAUGUGGCUGGACUGACGUUUGAACUCCAUUUCAGUAUUGAGAAUGGUGAUUUUGUUUCGAACAUGUAUGCAGCACACUAUUGGUGUCCUAUGUGGUUUUGUCAUUCAGUAUUGGGGGAUUUUCAAGGGGUGAUUCGAUCUGUUAAAACGUAAAACGAGAAGACGAUUAUUAACGAUAAACCAUGGUGGAAUCUGGUUACGUUUCAACAGCAUGGUGGAACCUGUCGAACAUGUAUGCAGCACACUAUUGGUGUCCAAUGUGGUUUUGUCAUUCAGUGUUGGGGGAUUUUCAGGGGGCGAUUCGAUCUGUUAAAACGUAAAACGAGAAGACGAUUAUUAACGAUAAACCAUGGUGGAAUCUGGUUACUUUUCAACAGCAAAGUGCCGAUGGUCAUCACACUAAGCUGCACAACUAGGAUUUAUCAAGACAUAGUACGUGAGUACGUGACAAGAUUAUGAGCACAUCCCUUGGAAUUCAUCUUCUGCAAUAACCAAAGUCCAUAGGCAUUUGUUGACUCUUCCUGGUUUCCCAAAGCCAUCAAUCGUUGCUGUAUAGGUUCACAACCUUUGGAUUGGAAUUAUAUGCUUCAUCGAUCUUCCCAACUUUGCACAGAGCCUCAAUCAUCCCGUACCGGGAUGGAAUACGGUCACAACUCCAAAAGGAGGUUGUGAGAUUGACCACCCAUUUUCUAGCCAUUAGAUAAUCUCUCUCUACUGUCUCUUUCUUCUUUUUUUCAAUUGAUGGUUAGGAUUAAAGGAAUGGUAUUUUUGGAAUGAAGAAAUAUUAGCACACGGGAUAUUUUCUCAUUUUCUAUAUAAUCUAUUUUCAUAAAAAAAAAAUAAUAACUCCCCCACCCCUAAACGUCC